AUGUUUGUCAUGAGUCGCGUCAUGUCUCCCCCCUUUUUGAGACGAGUUCUCAAGUUAAAGCUCAACCUCGAAGCUAUCUCCUCAAUUGCUUCAUAUCCCCUCUUUCACCACUACGCUGACGGCGAUAUUGCCAACAUGAAGCACAUCCUCCUUUUACAGUUCCUCCUCGCGACGACAGCAUCCGACAACAACGACUCCGACUUCAACCCCUUCAACGACCAACCCUGCCCCAAUACACCAACCACCCGCCACUGUUGGGGCAACCAUUCCAUCAACACCAACUACUACGACACAACCCCCGACACCAACCACACCGUCGAAAUCUGGCUAACCGCCCUCGAAGCCGACUGCAACCCAGACGGCUAUCGCCGCCGCUGUCUCACCUUCAACGGCACCGUCCCCGGCCCCCUAAUCGAAGCCAACUGGGGCGACACCCUCAUCAUCCACGUCACCAACGCCCUCACGACCAACGGCACAUCAACCCACUGGCACGGCCUCCGCCAAUGGCACACGGGCGCGCACGAUGGUGUCCCGGGGGUAACGCAAUGCGCGAUCGCGCCGGGGGAGACGCAGACGUAUCGGUUUCGGGUGAGGCAGUAUGGGUCGACGUGGUAUCAUAGUCAUUUUUCGCUGCAGUAUUCGGAGGGGUUGUUUGGGCCGAUGGUGUUGCAUGGACCGGCGUCGGCGGCGUAUGAUGAGGAUUUGGGGGUGUUGUUUGUGCAGGAUUGGUCGCAUAAGCCGGUUUUUGCGGCGUGGGAUGGGAAGCCGAAGUUUGGGAUGACGCAUUCGAUGAGUAAUUUGUUGGUGAAUGGGAUGAAUACGUUUGAUUGUGCGGUUUAUGGGAAUGGGAAAGGGGGUGGAAAAGGGGAUGUGAAUUGUGUGGGGGGAGGGAAGAAGUUCGAGUUGGUGUUUGAGCCUGGGAAGAAGUAUUUGCUGCGGUUGACCAACGUCGCGCUGGACAGCCAGUUCCGGUUCAGCAUCGACGGGCACAAACUCAAAGUCAUCGCCAACGACCUCGUGCCCAUCGUUCCAUACGAAACCGACAGCUUGUCCAUCAGCGCCGCGCAGCGGUACGACAUCGUCGUCGAGGCCAACGCGGAACCGGGCGACUACUGGAUGCGCGCCAUGUGGGUAGACGACUGCGCGCUCGUCGCUAACGACAAUCCGAAUUCUGGGACGGCCAUCGUGCGGUAUGAUGCCCGCAGCACGGCGGACCCAACGAGCACCACCAAUGUUACGCUGCCAGGGACGUGUGCCGAUGAGCCCGUGGAGAGUCUCGUGCUGUAUCUGCCCAUGGAUGUGACUAACAUUGGCGGUACGACGCUCGAGAACGUCAACAUGCGGUUGACGCAUGAGGGUGUUUUCCAGUGGACCAUCAACAGCAGCAGUCUGGUCAUCGACUGGGCUGACCCGACACUCAAGCGUGUCCUGGAAGGCGACGACAUCUUCCCGACGUCCUACAAUAUUAUCCCCGUUGACAAACAAAACCCCAACAUCACUCACGAAUGGGCCAUCCUAAUUAUCCAAAACCUCGGCGCUAGCGUCCUCGGCUUCGUCUCUCACCCCGUACACAUGCACGGCCACGACUUCUGGAUCCUCGCGCAGGUCCCCAACGCGCGUUGGGACACCGACCCAGCCGGCAACAGCGCCGCGUUUAACACCGUGAAUCCCCCGCGCCGCGAUACUGCCGUGCUCCCCGCCCACGGUUAUCUGGCGAUUGCUUUCCGGCUGGACAACCCGGGCAUGUGGCUGGUACAUUGCCAUCUUGCGUGGCAUGCGAGUCAGGGGCUGGCAUUGGAGAUUGUUAAGCGCGCGGGCGAUGUUAAGUUGGGGAAGGGGGACCGGGACGCGUUGGAGGAGACGUGUCGUGGAUGGGAUGCGUUUGUGGGACAAGAAGGCGGACCGCCGUUUGAGCAGGGGGGUUCAGGGAUUUGA